CGCCCACCCGGAAGUUCCGUUAAAUUGUAUUUGUUUAUACUUUCCUUCUCAAUUCACUAUUUAAAUAAGGUAAAUAAAAUUUAAAGUAUUUCGAUUAGCAUUUUAGGAACUUAUCUCCAAUAAUUUGAUUGAAUGCAAGAUUGAAUGAAUAAGCCAAUGAUUAUCAAUAGCAUUGGAAGAUUGGAAGAAUUUGCAUUUUGCUAACUGCUGUACUUAGCCUGUACUGUACUGUACUCUACUCAAAAUGCAUCGCUUACCGAUGACGAUGAUUGAAUGAUUAACUCAUGAGACAUGAAUUCAUGCUAUCAAUUUCUUUUUAAAAUAAUCAUUGUUUAUUUUAAAAAAAUUGAUAGCAUGAAUUGUCUCAUGAGUAUAAUUAUUAUUGAAUUUAAUGUGUAGCAGAAUAAGUUUAGUAGUCGAAGUCAGUAGUCGCCAGAAUGAAGUGGAGUACUCAGUUAACUCAGCCUCAGUGCUCUCAAGUACUAUAAUAUUGACUUGUGAUAUUGCUAGUUGGGGGAAAAUGAAUAAAACACACAACAUUAACAUUACUAACUGACUGACUGACCAAACUAAGUCUACUAAUUAUCUAAUCAAUGAUAAAAAAAUUGAAAAUAGUUAACGCUUUUUAGUGCCUAAUUAAUCAUAUUUAGCCCUCUUCUUAAUAAAUUAAUUUUCUUAAUAAAUGUGUUAUUUUAUGCCUACUAAACCUACUACUACUAAUAUACUAAAGUUAAAGCCCUAUUAGCUGUUAGUGUUAUCUCUUAUUUUAGCGCUAAUCAGGAGUGAUUAUUUAUUGAUUCCCUUUUUUAAAACUUAAAUGUAGGUACCUCGGGUUAAGCAAGGGAGACUACUAAAAAAAUUUUUAAGGGAAAUAAUGAGUCGGCGCACGAAGAUUCAAGUUUAAAAAUUGUUUGAUCUUGGUGCUAUUUCAUUCAUAAGUUGAAAGUUCAUAGUAAGUAGUCCUAAACCAGUAUUAUUUUUCGGGGGACGCCUUACUACAUGCACUAAAUAAAUUAUAUAUAUAUAGAGUAUAGGGCUAAUGUUAGCUAGACUUGGUAAACAGAAAAUCCAUAUCGCAAUUAAAUUAUAAUUUAUAAUAUAAAGCAUAUUGCACAGUUAGAUAAGUUACACAUUAUUUAUAAUAGCAUAAUAGUGUUAAAAUUAAUUUUAAAAUUAGAACUUAUAAUAAACAGAAAAUAAAAGGUGCCUAAAAUUAUCAUUUAAACAAGUGUUAUACUACAUGACUUCGCGAUCAGCAGUCUGGUCACAAAAUGUGGAGUAGCAGUCCAUAAUAAAAAAAUUAUAAAUUAUAAAUGAACACUCAUUUUAAAAAUUCAUAGCUCAAAAAAUAUUAAAUCUAAAAAGUUGAUUCUGGUUUCCAUUAUUUUUUUUUUUUUGGUUUUGAUUUGAAGUUUGCUCUAUAUGACUGAAAUAUUUCAAUAAUUUUUCAAACUGUUUUAUUUUUUUACUGAAGUACCUAUUAAAUAUUUUAAAGCUAUCUAUAUAUUGACCAGAUUGGACUAAAUUGAAACACUCCAAUAAAUUAGUUAAUAGAACAAAAAAGGUCUUUUACUAUUUCUAUUUUAAUUUAUUAUUUUUUUUCCAAUUUGUUUGUCUUUUUUUUUUUUUUUUUUUUUUUGUUCUUUUUAGGUGUUUUUUUUUUUUUUUUUUUUAUUUUAUUAUUUUUUUUUUAAUUUUUUUUUUUUUUUUUUUUUUUUUUUUUUGUGGGCUUUUAAGGGAAUUUUUAUUUUCUGAUCUCUACUUGUAACCCACAAUGUCACACGGUGAUGUACUUUUUAUGUUGUACUUGUACCAUUUGUUACAGAGUUUUUAUUUUGGGAAAAAAAGACGAUAUUUGGCUUAUAAAAUCAUUAAAAUAAUGAAAUAAAUAAGUUAAUUAUUUAUUUUUAAAAGUUAAUUUGAAAAAAAAAACUUGUUUAAUUGAACUUAGUAUGCUAAAAUAUAAAUGACUACCUAAAGGUCACUUAUUUAAUUUGAGUAGCUUAUCACUUACACUAUCAGCGUAUCACUUAGACUAUCAGCGUGAGUGCUCAUACUGUGAGACUGUGAAUGUUUUACCUUGGCCGUGUUGACUUGACUCAUGACUGUUAAACACACUCACAAUGUCAGUGUCACAGAGUUACUUGCAGUCAUAUUGUGCAUACUGGCUUACUCAUUUCAAUUAUCAUUUAUAGGGUUAUAGCCUGUCAUGUAGUCUAUUAUUAUUCUCCAUUAUAGACUUAAAGACGUGAGCUGAUAUCUUGCCGUUUAUUUGGUAAACCAUCAAGUAUCAUGGAAUGGUUGAUAAGAAUUUCUAUACUGAUUAUCUUUUGUAAUUUAUAUAAUCCAAUAGCUGGGUAGACAAUUUUGAUUUUUAUUUCUCUGUGUAAUUUCAUUUUACAUUAGCAAUUUCGACCAUUCUAGAAAUUAGACUUUUAGAAACUAUUGUAGCCUAUUAGACUUUUAGAAACUAUUGUAACCUAUUGGACCUUUAGAAUCUAUUGUAGCCUAUUAGAAUUUUGGAAACUAUUGUAGUCUAUUAGACUUUUAGAAACUAUUUUAGCCUGACUUAUAGAAAACUAUUGUAGCCUAUGAGGCUUUAAGAAAUUAUUGUAGCCUAUUAAGCCUGCGAUACCUAUUAUUAACAGGUAAUAAAAAUAUUGUUUUUGGCAUUUCUGAACUAAACUAGGUAUUAAAAUGAGUGGAAGCAUUGAUGAUGAUGAGGAUCCUGAACACUCACAGGGGCCAGCACCUGCACCUCUUGAUCUUGGGCGUUUGGAAGUAGAAGCCAAACUGGCAGCUGCAAAACAUGUUGCCAGUUUAUUGCAGGUCUUAACUUUUAAUAAAUAAAGCUAAAUAAGAAUAUUCAAAAUAUAAAUGAAAAUUUCUGUUGUAAUUCAUAAUUAUAGUUCAUGCAGAGGCGUAGCGUGGUGGGGGCAAGGGGGACAGAUGUCCCCGGGAGCCAGCUAGUUAGGGGCGUCAAAAUAUGCUUUGAUAUUAUUUUAUUGAUGAAAAUAAUGGGUUUGAGAGUUGAAAAAGAGAAAAAGGGGCGCUAAAAAUGGAUCUUGUCCCCGGGCGUGAAUCUUGUCCCCGGGCGCCAAACACCCUCACUACGCCACUGAGUUCAUGUUCUCUUGGUGAGAUUUGCCAUAUCAGUCUAAUAGAUUGAAUAGAAUACAAUAAAAGUGUAUUGUCUUAAAAAAUAGAAAUGAAGAGGUAGAACUGGCCUUAUUUAUUUGUUCAUUGAAAGGUUACGCACCCAAAGCAUUUCUAUUUAUUAUAAAAAGUUUAUUCUUUGGAUGUGUUGUUGAUAAGUUUAGUUUUAACAAGCUCUCAUUAGUAUAGCCAAUAGUUUUAAUUCAAUGUGAAAAUCUUCCUCUUAACAGAGACCGGAUCAGCUGGAUAAAGUGGACCAGUAUAAAAGAAGAGUAGCACGAAAGAAAGUUAGUGGUUGCCUUGUCCAUUUUUUUGUUCAGAUCUUAUUGUUAUCUAUUCAAUAGUCUUGCAGUAAUGUGCAUGUUAUUGUUAUGAACUGGUCUUAUGAGCCUGGUUGCUUGCCCAUGGAAUAGUUGUAGGCCGCAGUUGAUGAAUAGUUUUUUGAGGUUGAGUUGUGAUUAUGUGAGGCGAGGGCCAGUUGUGAUUGGUCGAGUUAGGGAGGGCCACUUCUCAGUGAUUGAGUUAGUUGUAUGGGAGCCCCCCGGGGCUCUUGUCGUCAUGUCGAUCAAUGAUAUGCUUGAUAAAGAGGCGCUCGCCACGAACCCCCUGAAGCGUUACCCGGGGAACAGUAUCACCGUGUAGGGGACCCGCGCUGAAAGGCAAAGGUAACGCACGGAGACUGCGUUUAUUCGAGCACGAUUGCAUGGCUUCCCACCAAGUGCAGUCGAACUAUUUUACUAAACGCAGAAACAGGUUGGGACAUGAUUACAGUUGCCGUAUGGAUAUGAGGUGAAGGUGUGUGGCAACCUUUCACCGGUGAUUUUAAAUAUGCAGUCUUGAGGGUACUGCUCCAAGGCAACCUCUCUCUCCCAUCUACGGUGUGAAUUAGUCGCACCGUAGAAUAACCAUACAAACCCUAGUAGAGGGCGUCGGUCUUAAACAACUACGCGGUCCCCCCGGGGUGGUAAGGGGGGACUUUAGAGACGUUAAACAUCCACCCCAACCCCUUAGAAAGUCCGGCCCUGUUGCUGCGUGAGCAGCAAUCCGGCUGGCCAGGUGUUUCUUCUCUGGGGCUGCCACACUCAGCGGCCAAUCGAGUGGAGGUCGGGUGUGGCGGUCUUAGGGGCGGAGCGUCCCUGGCGUGCCGCUUCGCGGCCCGAUCGGAAUAAAGACCACUGGGGGAGUGGUUGAUGGCCGGUUUGGUUGGCGGGGUGGUGCGUUGGGGAGGACCAUAUGAGCCUCAAGGCUCGGUGUUCGCUGAUUUUCUUAAGUUAGUUAAGUUAAGUUGUAUGGGAGUUCUGUAGUAAGUGUUAUUGUGAAAUGUGCAAGUCCUAGUGGUAGUCAGUGUAGUAAGAGUAGUAUUAGUGUUGUGAGGAUUUCAUGGAGUGUUUUGUACACUUGUUUUUUUACCCAGUGUGACAGUGUAAAUAAAGAACAUAAGUAUUGACAACCUUGUGUUUUUAUUGCUUGGUGUGAUCCAGUGUGGACGAAAGCAUACCCUAGAGCAGUGUUGUUACCCUAGAUAACAACAUAACCUAUCAAACUGCUCGUUCAUUUAACUGCAGUAGUUUGUUAAUUGUGAACUUGUCCUAAGAAGACAGUUUGCUACUUAUAAAAUGUAAGUUAUUGACCAAAACAAUAUUUUAGUUUUCUUUACAAAUAUUGGUCAGUUGAAAAUUUUUGAGUUGUACCUCCCCCUAAUGUUUUUAGGCAUCAGUUGAAGCGAUGUUGAAAACUGUUGUACAAUCUCAGCUGGAUGGUGUGAGGACAGGUCUGAAUCAACUGCAAAGUGCAUUGCAAGAUGUCCACCAAAUCAAACAAAGGUACAUCGGAAUAGAAAUGACGGGUAUCAUUCUUAAAAAUGGGGUUGAUUGUAAAUUUUAGAAAAUUUAUAGAAAAUUUUAUGUAGUAAUGUAUCUAUACUUUCUUUUGUUUAUUGUAUAAUCAUUAAAUUUGAAAAAAUUUCUUUUCCAGUCUGGAUGAAAUAGCAGACAACUACAGAAUUAUUGAGCCUCUGCACCAGAAAUUAAAAGAUCUCAAGGGAGAAAAUAACAAAUUCUGCCAGGUUAACAUAAUUUAUUAAUUAACCCAUCCAACUAUGACAUGGCCAAAUCCCACCUCACAAAACGCUUUUUACAUGUUGCUAUAGAGAAAUUGGCUAUCUCUAUAUUAAAUUCUAUCACAAGAUGUGAGACCAAAGGAGGUGACUAAAAAAUAUUUUGUCAUUUUGUCUAUUGGGAGUAUUCAUUAUUUUAACAGUAGGCCAAUAUUUAGUUUUUUUUAUGGCUAUGAUCAUGAGUUAUCUAGUACAGUGUUUCCCAAAGGGGUGUCCACUUAAAAGUUUGGUCAAAACUAGUCUCAUACUUAGCCCAGUAAGACAUUAAGAAAUUACACAACAAAAGCUUCGGCUAAUUAUGGAUGACAACACAUUAAAAAAAAGUAAAAAGAAUUUAAUUUACUUUAUUUCAUGUAAUUAUAUCACAAAAUACAUUUGUUUAAAAUAUAAAAAAAUCUACACAAAUCUAUGGUACAUAUAGAGUAGUUCGCCUUCGGCAAGGAUUUGAAUGAGUAUAAUUUCUUAACGCAGUGGGUUGAAGAGCUAACCUCACAGUACAUUCCAUUAUAAUCUGUCAUUUCCUAUUUAAAAUUGCUAGACAAUAAUAUUCAUUUAGUUUAUAUUUAAUUUAGGUUCAACGUAGAUUCUGCCAACCGUUAAUUAAAAAAAAAAUUUGUUUUUUUUAAACAUAUAAAAUGUGAUGUUUAGAUGCCAUCAAUUCGCACUAUUUUUCUUGUUUCCUCAGUUGUCAGCCGCCCAGGAGAACUUGAAACACAUCUUCACCGUACCAGAGAGCGUGGUCAAGACAAGAGAGUUAAUUAAUGAAGGGAAACUCCUUCAGGCUCACAAACAGUGAGGGUGAUUUUGUUCUGUCUGUUUUAAUUAUAAGAUGAGAUAAGAUGAUGUUUCUGAAUCCUCAUAAAUGGAAAUGUAUUGAUUACACUGUACGUAUUCAACAUAUUGAUAAACAUUCUGAUAAAAAAAAAAUCAAGAUACAACAACUAAAACAUAAGACAUUUUAAAGUGUAUCUCAAGGGCUGAAACUUGCCAUCACAUGUUGUAAAACAUCACUCCCAUAAUGACAUUGAGGAUUAUAGAGUGAUUGUGUGUUUAUUUUUUUAGAGAGUGAUUGUUUGAUUAUUUUUUAGAGACUGAUUGUUUGAUUAUUUUUUAGAGAGUGAUUGUUUGAUUAUUUGUUUCAGUUGUCUACUAAUAAUUUUUACGUUAAAGUUUUUGAUACUUAUGUUUGUUGACCCAACUUUCUUUAACCUUUUCAUUACCGCUGGCGUCGAAGCAAUGUCACGAUCACCCACUUUCAUUUACCAAGGACAUCACAUUGUCAUCAUAACAAAGAGGCAAAGAAACUUUCUGAAAUACCAAGGAUGUCACGUCGACGUCAUAUUUCAAUGCUAUAUAUUUCUUUAUUCGUUAAUUUAUAGAGAAGUCAAUAAGCGAAUCUGAUAGAUUAAGUUUCCUCUUUAAGUUUUUUAAUUGCUGAGUCAGCAAAAAAUUGAUUGCCCCCCCCCACAAGCCAACAGUAAACAGUAUUGAAAGGGUUAAAGCUAUUGAUGCAUCAUUUUUCUAUUUACCUUGGGAUGUGAAACCAUUUGUAUUUUUCUAAAGUUUGACAGACUUGGAGAUGGCCAGGGAUGACCUACUUCUUGCCUUACACAGGCAACCUAAUCAGAGCCCCACUGACAAAAAUGUAAGGAAUGAAAGAAAAUAAUUUUGCUUUACAAAUAGAAUACAUACUUUUUUUAAAUAUCUUACAAGGCGGGAAACUUAGUUGUUGGUUUUGGGUUAAAAUAACUCCCUGCUUCUGAUAUGACAUGUUGAUUUUUAAUUUUUGUUUAAAAGGGGGAAAAAAAAUCAUCUUCCAAUAUUUAAUUUUAAAAAACUGGACCAGAUGGAUCUAUCAAGACAAUUUCACUUGUUGUACUUAAUUACCUUGUGUUUUACUGCUGUUUUCUUCAAUUAGUAAAGGGAAUUUCAAAAACACAAAUGGAAAUUGUUUUUAUAAGGCAUGAACUUACAAUAAGGAUAUCCUAUGUUACUCAUAUUGCAAUAAGCAUAUCCUAUGUUGUUACUCAUCUUACAAUAAUCAUAUCAUAUGUUGUUACUCAUCUUACAAUAAGCAUAUCCUAUCUUGUUACUCAUCUUACAAUAAGCAUAUCCUAAGUUGUUACUCAUCUUACAAUAAGCAUAUCCUAAGUUGUUACUCAUCUUACAAUAAGCAUAUCCUAAGUUGUUACUCAUCUUACAAUAAGCAUAUCCUAAGUUGUUACUCAUCUUACACUAAGCAUAUCCUAAGUUGUUACUCAUCUUACACUAAGCAUAUCCUAAGUUGUUACUCAUCUUACAAUAAGCAUAUCCUAAGUUGUUACUCAUCUUACAAUAAGCAUAUCCUAAGUUGUUACUCAUCUUACAUAACUGGACAAUUACUGUGCCACCUCCUAUUAUUUUGUGGGUCUUGUUUAAAUCUAUUGGUUGGCUGCAUUGAGUCAUCUUGUUUAAAUCUAUUGGUUGGCUGCAUUGAGUCAUCUUGUUUAAAUCUAUUGGUUGGCUGCAUUGAGUCAUCUUGUUUAAAUCUAUUGGUUGGCUGCAUUGAGUCAUCUUGUUUAAAUCUAUUUGUUGGCUGCAUUGAGUCAUCUUGUUUAAAUCUAUUGGUUGGCUGCAUUGAGUCAUCUUGUUUAAAUCUAUUGGUUGGCUGCAUUGAGUCAUCUUGUUUAAAUCUGUUGGUUGGCUGCAUUGAGUCAUCUUGUUUAAAUCUAUUGGUUGGCUGCAUUGAAUCAUCUUGCUAUAUUUAUCUCACAUCAUAGACCCUGACUCAUUAUUUCGCUGAGGUGGAGACUCUGUCUAAAGAGCUCGGCAAACAACUGUGGGUCAUAAUUCAAAGGACUCUCAUGUCUGUGAGAAGGGAGCCAACACUGAUAUGUACGGCACUGCGCAUCAUAGAAAGAGAGGAAAGGUACAACUACUUGGAGAAUUUCACAUUUGGUUUAUUGCUUGGAAAAAAUAACUUACAUUAAAGUGAUAAAUAUGUUUUGGGUUAAUUAUUUGGAAGUAAUUUGAUUUAAAUAAAUCAGACCUGUUUACCCCCAGACUCUUAAAAUCGUACAAUAUCAUCACAAAAUUGUUCUUAAUAGUAAAAAGAAAAACCAUACAGUAUAUACAAUGUAUGCACCUCAAAGUCUUACAUUGUACGUCAAAUUCGUAAGAGUAAACAGGUCUGAUCAAUUACAGUUUUUAAUUAUUAAUAUAUUUUGGAUUACUAAAUGCAGAAUGGACAAUGCUUGGGCCAGAAAAAGUGACCAGACAGGCUUUAUGCCACCGGGUAGACCAAAGUGCUGGAGGUCUAAGUGCCUGGAAGUACUUCAAAACUCCAUUGCAGCUCGGUGAGAUUAGUGCUUCACAUACAAUACAUUAGAGAGUCUGCAAUCUAAAAUUUCAGUGCAAUUGCUAUGCAUAGAAAUAUUAUAUUAAAUGGCAAAAGUUAAUAUAGUUAAAAUGUUUAAAAUAAUUUAAAUAAUAUAUAUUUCUUAGGCUGGUAUCUUUAAAAAAUUGUGAUAUUUUCAUCCAAAUAUUAUAAAUGUAUAUGUUUAAAUUGAUUUUAAAAACUGAUAGCUAUAUAAAUUCAAAAUAAGUAUUACUAAAAUGUGACAACUUAAAUAAAUGUUACAACUUAAGUAAAUGUGACAACUUAAAUAAAUGUGACAACUGAAGUAAAUGUGACAACUUAAGUAAAUGUGACAACUUAAAUAAAUGUGACAACUUUAAUAAAUGUUACAACUUAAAUAAAUGCAUUAAAUAAAUGUGACAACUCAAAAUAAGUAUUACUAAAAUGUGACAACUUAAAUAAAUGUGACAACUUAAAUAAAUGUUACAACUUAAGUAAAUGUGACAGCUUAAAUAAAUGUGACAACUCAAAUAAAUGUGACAACUUAAGUAAAUGUGACAACUUAAAUAAAUGUGACAACUUUAAUAAAUGUGACAACUUAAGUAAAUGUGACAACUUAAGUAAAUGUGACAACUUAAAUAAAUGUGACAACUUAAAUAAAUGUGACAAUUUAAAUAAAUGUGACAACUUAAGUAAAUGUGACAACUUAAAUAAAUGUUACAACUUAAAUAAAUGCGUUAAAUAAAUGUGACAACUGAAGUAAAUGUGACAACUUAAGUAAAUGUUACAACUUAAAUAAAUGCGGCAACUUAAAUAAAUGUGACAACUGAAGUAAAUGUGACAACUUAAGUAAAUGUGACAAAUUAAAUAAAUGUGACAACUUAAAUAAAUGUGACAACUUAAAUAAAUGUGACAACUGAAAGCCAUUAAUUUCAUUCCAGGAUUGAAGGGAGUCAGCUUGAGACCAGAGAUCAAAAUAAGAUGUGGUUGGUUCGUCACCUCGAGAUCACCAGACAGCUGAUGAUUGAUGACCUCAAAGUUGUCAAGGCGAGUAGCCAUGUCAUAGCCAUUUGUAGCUAUUUGUAGCCAUGUUUCUUUAAUAAGGUUUCUUCUGUUCUUAACCUUUGGCAAAACUUGCUCUUGUUGGGAUUCAUACAUUCAGUGUUGAGACUUUUCUUUUUGUGACCCAGUAGUUUCAAAUUGUUUUCCAGCAAUGCAGUUCCGGUUUAAACCGAUAUGUGUUAUUUACUGUAUCACUAAACAGAUGUUUGUUAUUUACUGUAUCACUAAACAGAUGUUUGUUAUUUACUGUAUCACUAAACAGAUGUUUGUUAUUUACUGUAUCACUAAACAGAUGUGUGUAAUUUACUGUAUCACUAAACAGAUGUGUGUUAUUUACUGAAUCACUAAACAGAUGUGUGUUAUUUACUGUAUUACUAAACAGAUGUGUGUUAUUUACUGUAUCACUAAACACAUGUUUGUUAUUUACUGUAUCACUAAACAGAUGUGUGUUAUUUACUGUAUCACCAUUGCACUGGCAACUAAUUUCUAAGUGCUCAUCGCAGUUCUGAAUGAUCCAGCUGUUUUAUAUGAUAAUAAGUACACUUCAAUCUGAUUUUCUUUCGUUAAUUAGACUCAUCAUGUUUAUUGACUUCUUAGACUCUGCUGCCACCUGUGUUCCCUCCAGACUAUGAUGUUGUGAGGAGGUACACCAGGAUGUAUCACAAGGCACUAUCACUUCAUGUAAGUGUUUCUGUCGGCUGUAACAUAAGUCUAUGCUGAGCUUUUGAUUUGAAAAAAUAAAAAUAAAAUUACAGUAAUAACAAUAAUAUAUAAUAAUAACAUAAAAUGAUAAAGUAAAAUAAUAAGAUAAAUAAGGUUCUCUUUUGUUAAAAUUCAUGGGUCUCACUAAUUUUUUUUAUUGUUCAGACCUGCUCUUCAUCUGUUGAGUUAAAUCAUUUUUAAAUGCUAGUCUUUUUGGUGUGCAUGCUAAUUUCAAGGUUUAUUAUUAUCAAUACAAUAGGAAAACAAAAUGCAUAUAUAGUAUAAUAUGUAAAAACAAUGUGCCAGGACUCCUUGCGGUAUAUUCUCAAUCUAAAGCCCUUUCUUACAUAAGGCAACCACUAUUGUUUUUCCCAGGAAAUGCUGACUGCAUAAAAAUAUGCCAGUGUAAACUGUUUGGACUUUUACAAAUAAUUCUUGUAUAUAACUAAAAGUGUUAUAAUCUUAUAUGCAUUAUGUAUAAUGCAUAAGGAAGACAUUUGCUCUGCAUGUCAACACAUACAGAGUAUUUCCAAAAAUAGAGAACUGGCCUCAUAAAGAAAUGUGAAGUAACCUUGUCUUUCCAUGAAUGUAUUCUGCUAUAAAUAAUAAUUAACAAGUUGGUGUAAGUGAAGAUUGAAAAGUAUAGGUCAUGUGCUGGUGCCAAACUUAAUCAAAAUAAUAGAUAUCUGAUGGUUCUAAGUAUAAAUUUUAUUUGCUGAUCAAAUAUUAGCCACUAUACUGGGCUUUCCUCAGAAAAAAAACUUCUUCUUCUAUAUCUUAAGGGCCCACGAUCAAUUUAUUGAUCAUUUUGGCUCCUAUGCAUGUAGAUGGGAUUUGCAAUGUUUCUGUUACUGGUGGUGAUGAGGAAAUUAUGCACUAGGGGUUUGAAGGCUUGAGGCAAUAGACACAAAUGUGUCUAGUGUUGUAACCAUUAGCCUAAUAAGCCACCCAAGCAAGGUCAUGCUAAAGGUCAUAAUGAACCGACUAAGACCAAAUACCAACAGAAUCAUUGCUGAAGAACAGGCGGACUUCAGGCAAGGACAUGUCACUACUGAGCAGAUCCUAAGCCUCUGAAUACGAUGUGAGAAAUAUGCUCAACACCAACAAAACCUGUACCACGUCUUUGUGGAUUUCAAGAAGGCUUUUGACAGCAUAUAUGGGCCAACAAAGGAUGAAUAUGGAUGGAGAAUACGAACCAACCAUGAAUUAUACAGUCUAUAUCAGGAUCUCACGAUAGUAGCAGAAAUAAAAAGAGGCAGGCUACGCUGGGCAGGACACCUAGAGAGAAUGCCAAAUGACAGAGGAAUGAAGAGGGUGCAUCACCCUUACCCCAGAGGAAAAAGGCUCAAAGGCAGACCAAGGCUUAGGUUGAUAGAUAAUGUGGAAAAUGAUCUACAGCAGUUGGGAGUCCAAGCAUCGAAAAGAAAGGCAUUAGUUAGGUCUGAGUGGAAGGAAGUGGUGAGACAGGCCGGCGCCCUGCAUGGGCUGUAGCGCCACAGGGAUGGAUGGAUUCGACAGCAUUUGGCAUGCUGCUUUAUGAGCCACCAUGAGGCACUGCAACAUCAACACAAACCUAACCAGCAUGAUAUGCAACCUCUAUGAUAAGGCCACCAGUGCAGUCUUCUUCAACAAUAACAUUGGAGAAUAUUUCAAGACCACGGUUGGAGUACGACAAGGCUGCUUGCUCUCUCUCACCCUUUUCAACAUCUUCUUGGAGAGAAUUAUGUCAGAUGCACUGGAAGCGCAUGUAGGGACAGUCAGCAUUGGUGACAGAACAAUCACCAACCUACGAUUUGCAUAUGGCAUAGAUGGACUGGCUCGAAACGAAGAACUAGUCAACCUAGUAAAACAUCUCGACAAGAUUUCAUCGUCCUUUGGCAUGCAAAUCAGUGCAGAAAAAACUAAAUUGAUGACGAAUAACACCACCGGCAUCUCCACUGAAAUUAAGGUUGGGGAGGAAAGAUUAGAGACAGUAGGCAGCUUCAAGUACCUUAGAGCAAUAACCUUUGAAGAAGACUCCAAGCCCGAAUCGAUGUCCAGGAUUGCCCAGACCACAACAGCACUAAAUAGGCUUUAAAAAAUAUGGAAUGACAAAUAUAUACCCCCCAUCACCAAAAUCUGGCGGAUGCGCUCAUUAAUCCACUCCAUUUUCUUGUAAAACUGCGAGUCCUGGACAUUAACAGCAGGACUUGAAAGAAAAAUAAAGGCGAUGAAGAUGAAAUGUUUUAUAACCAUUCUUGGAACCUGCUCUAGAGACAAUAACGAACAAGUCAAAGAAAAAAUUUGUCAAGCAAUUGGGCAGUAUGAUGACCUCCUGGUGACUGUAAAAAGUCGCAAACUGGAAUGGUAUGUCCCCUUGACAAGAAAACAAGGGUUCCCCAAAGAAAUCAGGCAGGGCACAACGAGAGGACGGAGAAGAAGAGGAAGACAGAGAAAAAGAUGGGAAGAUAACAUCAAAGAAUGGGUGGGACCAAAGCUAGGUGAUGCUGUGUGAAGUGUAGAAAACAGAGAGGAAUGGAGGAGGAUAGUUUUCAUGUCAUCUGUGGCACCCCAAUGGACUAACGACUAAUGUACACGUAGAUGUGGAUGUAGAACAGAUUAUCAGCGUCAACAUAAAUUUUUAGGGUCCAGUCAAAAGGACUUUGCUACAGUACAAAUUAAAAUUAACAAUUUUCUCCUAUUAAAAGCCAGAUUUUUAAUAACUCUUGUAAAUGCUAAACACUGUUCCAGUUAAUACUGAAUUUUGUACACGACUUUAAGUUGACAUCCGUUAAUUACUUUAUUCGACUUUGUUUUAUAUAAUUGAAUCAAAGUACCUGGAGAAAUUUUAAAAAUCUCCUAUGAACUGCUUAUAUGGCGACCAGGCCACUUAUUCCCCUUUUUUUUCUUUUUAAGUUUGCCGUAGAAUUAGUAAAUACUUUGAUUAUAUAUGACAUGUAUCUACUGCUAUAAAACACUAUACUUUGAUUAUACAUGAUAUGUAUCUACUGCUAUAAAACACUAUACUUUGAUUAUACAUGAUAUGUAUCUACUGCUAUAAAACACUAUACUUUGAUUAUAUAUGACAUGUAUCUACUGCUAUAAAACACUAUACUUUGAUUAUAUAUGACAUGUAUCUACUGCUAUAAAACACUAUACUUUGAUUAUACAUGAUAUGUAUCUACUGCUAUAAAACACUAUACUUUGAUUAUAUAUGAUAUGUAUCUACUGCUAUAAAACAUUAAAAAAACAAAUUUAUUUACUGAAUUCAGCUUGAAGAAAUGAUCAACCAGGAACUUGAAGGCAAUGAAGUUGUGUCUCUGUUACAAUGGGUCAAGGCAUACGAGUAGGUCAUUCUGAAGUUCACAUUGUACUCUGCUGAUAAUUGGGGUCCUAUUUUAGAGAUAGACUAUUUAUUUUCUUUUCAUUUAAAUUGGUCCAAGGCACAUGAGUGGGUCAUUCGAUGUGCCAAGGCACAUGAGAAGGCACAUGAGUGGGUCAUUCGAUUGGCCAAGGGCACAUGAGUAGGUCAUUCUUAAAUUUGUAGUGAAUUUUAUUGAUAUAAUUAGAAACAAUUGUUAGUUAUAAGCUGUUUUUUUUAUUGUUGACUUUUUUAUGCUACCCAGUUUUUCUUAAUUGUUUUUAUUAAAUUUUGUUUCUCUUCCUUUUCUAUUAUAAGUUUGUUAUUUCUAAUUUUAUUUAUUUCACUGAAGUCUUGUCACAGACAAUGCACACAUUGAGGUGGUUCUAUCAUAAUAAUUACAUGACUUAUCUGGUGGGCAGAUUUGAAUGAUUUUACUGUAUCAUUAUUUUCCAUUAUUUCUUAAUGAAACUUUUUGUUUCUGUUUUCCCCAAUGUUCUCAGUUCGCCUGAGCUGAUGAGGCACCCAGAGAUCAACAUUGACAUCAAGGAGCUCGGUCCACUGCUGGAGCACAAGAUUAUCAUAUCUUUACAGAAUAAGUAAUGGUUGUUUUGUUUUUUUAAUAGAAAAUAUGAUUUUAGAGAUAGUUCUAUUUACGUCUUUUGUGCCACUAAUGAUAAUGGUUUUAACUACCAGAUAAGUCCUGGGGAAAAUUAACUUAUUUGAACAACACUUGCAAAAAGUUAUACUCGACUGUUCCAGCCAGUGUAAAAAAAGUUCUAAUCAUAACUUAAAGAAAUUUUUGGGGUACAAUUAACUUGAAAUAAUUAGAACAUAUUUUGCUACAAUUAAAAAAAAAAAGCUUAAAAACAACACAAAGUCCCAGGCUAAUUAAAGCCAUCUUCACCCAUAAUCCAUCUCUGUUUUUUCCCCCCGUACAUCUAGUUUCAACUUCUCUAUGAAUUAUUUAAACAUCCGAGUUGCAAUUUAUCCAACUCUAUUUUAAUUCAAUAAUCUCAACAUUUUAAUGUCUAGAUCCAGAUUAAAGGUGACUGGGCUUGUUCCCCUCUCAUAUUCCCCUCUCAUGUUCCUCUCUCUUGAUCUAUCACUGUAUGACACUAUGUAAGUUAUUAUUUUCCCUUUCCUCACAUAAGCUUUAAAUUUAGCUAAUUUCAAUAUAAUAUUAUUUUCAGGUAUUUGAAAAACAUGAAACAGAACAUUACAGAUUGGAGUAGGAACACGCUGCGGUCAGAUUUAAAGGUCAGAAAACAUUCUUUAAUAAUGAAAAACGGUUUUCAUCCGUACAAUUUCUGUGAAAAAAAGGUGGCAGAACGACAGGGUAUUUUUUUGACAAUUAUUAAUGGGACUGUUAAACAAAUAGAUAGUUUAAUUAAAAAGAAUUGCUUUUUGGUAACAACUUAAAAUAAAGGUUUUGUAUUCAGGUCAGGGAAGCUAAAUUUCAACUAGCAACUCUUAUGUUGUUUUGAUUAUCACAAAAAAAAUUUGGGUGUGGGGCUAAGCCCCCUCCACAUACCCCCCCUCUCUAUUUAGCUCCCAAUAUAAUCUUAAUCAAUGUUAUUUGCUGAAGUUAAUAUUUAGUGUGAAGGCAUUUUUUUAAAGAUUUUUAGCUGCUCCUUACAUUAAAAUCUGACAGGAUUAAAAUUUAGCUGAUUAGUCUUGUCAGCUAAUGGAUAUUGCAACUUGUCUAGUCAAGAAUGACAUUGUCUGGUCAAGAAUGACAUUGUCUAGUCAAGAAUGACAUUGUCUAGUCAAGAAUGACAUUGUCUAGUCAAGAAUGACAUUGUCUGGUCUUCUGGUAUUCUUCUCAUUAGGAUUGGGCUGAGAAUGAACCACCUGAUGAGGACGGAGACGGCUUCUAUAAUACACAGCUACCUGUCAUCAUCUUCCAAAUGAUGGAGCAGAAUGUAAGUUAGAUAGAUUAAAUGUCAGAUAGAUUUAAUGGCCGUUAGAUUUAAUGGCCAUUAGAUUUAAUGGCCCUUAGAUUUAAUGGCUGUUACAUUUAAUGGCCGUUAGAUUUAAUGGCUGUCAGAUUUAAUGGCAGUUAGAUUUAAUGGCCGUUAGAUUUAAUGGCAGUUAGAUUUAAUGGCCGUUAGAUUUAAUGGCCGUUAGAUUUAAUGGCCGUUAGAUUUAAUGGCCAUUAGAUUUAAUGGCAGUUAGAUUUAAUGGCAGUUAGAUUUAAUAGCAGUUAGAUUUAUGGAUAAAUGGAAAAGUCUGUUCAACUGCUGAUUGUCUCAAAUUGAGAUUGUAGAAGACAUAAUAUGUAGAUGUGGUCAAAUGCACAUUUUACUCCAACUUGCCAUGAGUCGUCCCACACAGUCAUCCCACACACUCGUCCCACACAGUCAUCCCACACAGUCGUCCCACAUCAUCCCACACAGUCAUCCCACACAGUCAUCCCACACAGUCAUCCCACACAGUCGUCCCACACAGUUGUCCCACACAGUCAUCCCACACAGUCAUCCCACACAGUCAUCCCACACAGUCAUCCCACACAGUAGUCCCACACAGUCAUCCCACACAGUCGUCCCACACAGUUGUCCCACACAGUCAUCCCACAUGGUCAUCCCACACAUUCAUCCCACACAGACGUCCUACACAGUCGUCCCACACAAAACAUUGGAUCCCCCUCAUCCGCCAGUUAUCCACCCUCAACUCGUAUUGCUCCAUCCAUACUGUCUAUACUUGUUCUAAAUCCCAUUUCUCCAUACACAAAAUGGUACUAAACUUUAUUUUUGUGUGAGCAAAAAAGAUUGUAAAACUAAUUAACAGACAGCAUGUAUUGUAAUAUUUAAAUGUUCGGCUGACAUAGUAGAUAUCAUGUAGGCUAGGAUGUCGGCCAUCUACAAUAGCUAUUUCAUUAUUCAAUGUUGGUAGUUUGAUACACUCUUAGCACAGCCAAUCAUGGCAGUCAUCAAAUAAAGAGAAAACGUGUCGCCCGAUUUAGUAUACAGUCUAUGUUGACUUAUAUGAAUUAAUUUUUUUUCUUCAUUCGUUUUUAUAACAGAAGCAAUGUACCUGCAGAAAAUUAUAAAACUUUUUUUUUUUAAUUUUCUACGAGCCACUCAUAAGCCAACCAUCCCACUUAAAUCAAUGAAAUAUUUCCUGAAACGUUGGCUUGUUAACUAGUAUAUACCAUACAUGCAUUUGAUUUCAAUUCACCCGCUGCUAAUAUUUAGUCUUUGUAAGGCGGAGUCUACCGUUCAAGUUUCACUACAGCUGUUCCCCACACUUGUUUUGUCUACCGUUCAAGUUUCACUACAACUAUUUCCACAUUUGUUUUGUCUACUGUUCAAGUUUCACUACAGCUAUUCCCACACUUCUUUUGCAUUCCUUAGCUGCAAGUGGCCAAUAUAAUUGGUCAAGAUCUGGUCAAGAGGGUUCUAGAGUUGUUCGCUGAGGAGCUCAAUCGUUUUGCCAAUGACUAUUUAUGUAAGUUCGUUUUCAAUAACUCAUUCUCUCUGCCUGUGUUCAUGAAGAAAAUACAGUUGUGAUGGUCAUGAACACAGGGAAGUAAUUCUGAUUUGAAAUUUAAAUUUAAGUGUAGUAAUUUUUUUAAAACUCCUAUUAUUAAUCAAUUGUAACAAAAAUUCCUGAACUUUUAUUCAUUGGUUAUUUUGUUUCUAUGGACAAAUGUGUGUAGGCCACUUUUGACGCCUAGUCUUAAACAUGUAUUAUUCUCUACGAUGCCUAUUUGAAAAAACAGUUGAGAGCGCCUUUGAUUUAUGUUUUUUCAACAGCUGAGCUAAGAAUCUACGAAGAACGACAUGUGGCCAACAGGGAGACCCCAAAGUUUUAUGUACAUUACGUGGUUAGUAUGAUCUGUCAGUUGUGCCUGUCUUUGUGGAAUAUGUGGCAGCUCUCAAACAUUAAGUGACAAGCAACACAUAAAGUUACUUUCUGAACUCGCAAGGAAUCAAGGAAAUAUAUAUAAAAAAUUGUGUGCUCUAGACAUAAAUGUUGCAAACUUUAAAGAGUUUUAAAUUAUGAAUGUGACACAUUAUAAUACAUUUUUUUUUUUUUUACAUUCUCAAUAGUAUUUUUGUCCAUUUUCUGAUUUAAAUAUUUAUAAUCACAAUUUAAUCGCAAGUUUUAGCAGUGGCCAAUGGAGCCACAUACAUAAAAUCAGAUACAGCGAAUAGAUCAGAUAAAGUCAUUUGAUUAGAUAUCUCAAAGAUCAAUUUUACAUUUUGCACAUUUACACAUAUAUAUCAAAUAGUUUUAUAUUGAAACUACAAAAUACAAUUUCGCUUUACUUUUCUAUACAUGUUUUUAAUCAUUAAAAACAAAAUCUUUGAGAUCCACUCAUCAUGAUACGGUAUUGUUAUGUCAUGUAUGAAUCUAAGAUAAUUAAUGCAGAAAACAUACUUCUGGUUAUGUAAGGCUCCCAAAUCUGUCUGAUAACAGAUAGCCAAUGCCAACAACUGUCUGGCUUUUGGGGAGUACAUGAAAGAGCUCCGAAAGAGGUACAUUAAGAAUGAGUUUGAGGAAGAGCAAGAUGACGACACAGAACAGAUCAGAAAAGAUCCAUUCCAGCAACUGACUGACAAAUUUCAAUCACUAGCCAAAAACUGGUAGGUCCUGCAUCGAGCUGAAAAUAUUCCUAUAGGGACAUCUUGAACUAAGUUAGCUGAUCAUGUGAAGUACUUAAAAAACAUCUUGUCUUAUAGUUAUUCAAGAAUCUGGGAGAGCUAAUAUGUGUAAUGGCUGGCCUGUCCAAGGUGUAAGAACAUCUUCUGUUGAUGGUCACCUGAAGCAAAUUUAGACAUUUAUCAUUUACCUGAAUUCAAAAUUUAACUCAUCACAUUUUAUUUCAUUACUGUUCUUAGAAAUACGAGCCUUUCAAACUAUUCAUAUUGAUAUGUGACAUUUUUAACUCUCUGUAUAUGUAUGUGUUGGGGUGGGGUGAGUAAUUUAACAUAAAGUUAUAUAUGUCUUUAGCAUCAGACAGCCUGAAAGUGUUGACAUACAUAAAUAAUAUGCCGGAUAUAAUUCUUAGCUUAAUGAAUAUUUUUGAAUUAUUACUUGUUGUUUUUUGCAUACUUUUAAAAACCUUUAUAGUUCUGGAACAAUUCAGCUAAUUUUUUUUUUUUCUCAUUUGCUAAAUCUAAUUUCCCUCCUCCUCCCCCAUUUGUCUUCAGCUGUGAUUAUAUCCUAGAAGAACUUUUCAUCGACCUGACCAAAUGUUUGAGUGAUCUCAUGACCAGAAAUUGGUAAGUGGUAACAGACAACUUGCUUGGAAUCUAGGCAUCCUUCUCACAGAGAUAAACUUUAGUUUUAAUGCCUCCUCUGCGAACACCAUGUACGGCAUCAGACACAAAUGUAUGCUCAUGUGUCCGAGUCUGAUGCUUCCUUUAUAGCAGUUGAAAAAAUUUUAAGGUUGUGUUUAGUUAUCCCCCUCUUAAGUUUACCCAGUAGCUUCCCCUGAGGAGACCUCGCUAGCCGCCCCUUCCCAUUUGAUGACAUGCAAUGUGUUUAAGGUGUUACUGAUGCCCACCCAAUUUUUGCCCUGUCCAGUAUGGGUACUUACUAGUAGUUGGUACUGGCAAUGUGUUUGAGAGUCAGUUUUGUUUAUGAAUGCCCCCCCCCCCCCCCAAACCCCCUUUUUUUUAAUUUUAUUUCUAUUAUUUAAUUUGUAUUUUUUUUUUUUUUUUAAUACUUAUGGUAGUCAUGAUUGGUGUCUAGACUGUCUUUGGCCUAGUAAUUUGUAGUGCAUUCGUCUCCUCCAAACAGGGAAUGGUGUUAAACAUGUGUUUGAUUCAUUGAUAAUCAUUUUUCUGGAUUAAAUAUACAUAGCUGAGGGAAAAGGAUUUUUCUUAAAUACUGUAUAAUUAGUGUAAAAGAAUUUGAUAAAAGAAACCACCACGUAUGGAUACGUAUGGAUACGUAUGGAUACGUGACUCUUACCCUCCAAAUCCAAAUUGCAGCAACCAUUUUUUCCAGGUUUUAUAUUCCUAUCCUUCUUAUGAUCAUUUAGAACCUAAUUGUUCUUUUAAAAUUUAAUUGUUCAUUCACUUAGGGCCCAUUUAGGGCUUCAUUUUUCUUUAGCUGAGGGACGUGCUGGGGCUCCAUUGUACAUUAGCUAAGGGUGCUGGGUGGUCGAUUGGUCUAAACUGAGUGAAUCCCAAGCUAGUGUACUGGAGUUCAAUCCCCAGAAAAAUCAAAGACAUCACCAUAAAAAAAAAAAAAUGGUAAUACGGGGAGAGACUGCAAUCAGGUUAGCAAAAAAGGAAAUGGGUGAAACAAAGUAUGGUCAAACCUGAAAAAAGGAGCACAUUUGCUGCCUUCUCGAAUACCACUUUUCAGCUAAGUGCUAUUUUUUAAUUUAAUUCUUUUUUUUCUGUUGUUUGUUCGCUAACGAAGACUGCCCGACGACACGUUUAGUGUUUUAUUGCAUUUCUUUUUUCAGGUUUGACCAUACUUUAUUUUACUCAUUUCCUUUUUCAAAUACGUCACCAGCAGUUUUGCUUUAGUCCUCCAUUUCACCUCUCCCACCCUACUGAUCAGAAAUACCUUAGUUAGGAUUCUUGUUUUGAAGUCAUUGUUUAUAGAUUCUUCUGUGUCAUUGGUGGAGAUAUAAUACUAUGACUUUGGACUGGACGUCCAGUUCUGAAAGUAUGAACACAAUUAAUGAUAUAAUAAUGUGUCUUUGGUCAGGAUGUCGAGUGCCGAAGGUGUCAAUACAAUUAAUGAUAUAAUAAUCUGUCUUUGUUCAGGAUGUCGAGUGCGGAAGGUGUCAAUACAAUUAAUGCCACUUGGGCUGAUUACCACCAAGACUUCCUGCACCUGAAACCAUCCAUGUAUGAAAUUCUACUGGCCAAGGGGCAGCGGAGACUUAUCAAAGAAUAUGUCAAGGCUCUUUUAUCUAGGUAGGCUUCUGCUAAAAUGUGGGGUAUACCGCUGGUGGCUAUUUGGUUAAGUUUCUUCAAAAAUAUAUGGGAUACACCUGUUUUUUUUUUUUUUUUGGUUAGGUUUACGCUAAAACUCUUUCAGCUCGGUUUCAAUGGAUUUUUUUUUUCCUCAGAGCCAUUAAACUCAUAGGUUGUGCGUUACUAGAAGACAUUAAUUGUAUGAUAUCCUAAAAAGUCAUUUGUUUUUUUGUUUUUUUUUUUUUAAAUUUUUUGGGUAUUCUCUUUUUUUUUUUUUUUUUUGGUUAGGUUUACGCUAAAACUCUUUCAGCUCGGUUUCAAUGGAUAUUUUAUUUCAUCAGAGCCAUUAAACUCAUAGGUUGUGCGUUACUAGAAGACAUUAAUUGUAUGAUAUCCUAAAAAGUCAUUGUCUAGCUUUUCAUAGUAAUGUAGGCUACCCCACAGUUUGAAGAAAAAAAAAUGCAAUUGUGAUAAUCAUAUCCUACAGGUGAAAACAUAGACUAGUAAUAAUUAAUUUGUGCAUUUCAGAAAGCUCUCCUUCAAAAGUUAUGAUGAAAGGAAAGCUACCGCUGAGAAAAUCUGCAGAGAAGCUGAGGACUUGAAAGCACAGUUUCUAGCAAUGUCACCAAAACUGGUGAGCAAGUCUUUCGAAAUUUUACACUUAGUCUCUGCAAUCAUUAACAUAGAUUUUUACUCCACCAAUAUCAUCCUUAAUUGAUCUAAAAAUCUGAUGGAUUGUUUUCAGUUUGUUAGUCCUAACUUUUCGUGUGACUCCUGGAAUGGUGCAGUCUCAGUUAAUUCUGAUGCCCGACCUCAAUUUUUCCUAUGUAAAUAUCAAGUUUUUCUUCUGACUUACAAUUUACAAAUUGGUGGGAACAAUAACCGUCCUAAACACCGUUUUUUGUCCUAAACAAAACACCCCUUUUCUUUUUUUUUAGGAGUUAUGUUUUAUCUCAUGAUGUUAUGCCUAUUUUCAUUCAGCAUGUCAUAAUUCUAUGUCCUAGAGAUAUGUUUCUCUAACACCUGUCACUUUCUGUAUCUGUCUCUGCAGGACGUUACUUUAUUUGAUGUGCUACCUGCCCUCGCUGAAGGAUUGAAGCUCAAAGACAGUUCUAUGCUAUCUCUCGAAAUCAUGGCAAGUUACUUUUGGUUUAAGUUACCCUUAUAAAUACAAGGGGCCAGACUUUUCACAUGGGAUGCCAAAUUAAUUUGUUUGGUAUGUCAGAAGAGGUCAUUGCUAUAUUUUGAAUCUAAUUGCCAGGUAACAGUCAAAUUAAAAUAUUUUUGUCACAAUUUAAAACCAAUGUUGAUGACCAACUGACUGGUAAAGAAAAGUGAUGCUUGGGAUUUUUCAACAGACUUUUGUCUGUGACAUCAAAGCACUACAUUUUGCCAAGUGUACUUGUUUUUAUAACCAUUUUAAUGUUUUAGCUACUGUUUUUAUAGUCAUUUUUCACAUUGUUGUUACUAUUCUAGUGUUUCUGGUUUUUCAUUUUAUUUUUACUUUAGCAGUUUAAAUAGUUUACAUAUUCUUAAUAAUUGUAAAGCGCUUAGAGCUGUAAGGUAAGCGCUAUACAAAAAUGCCUAAAUAAUAAUAAUAAUAAUAAUAUUAUUAUAUGCCAACAACUUGGGCAAACAACAUUAAGAGUUAUUUUGUUGAUACACUAUUAUUUCUUUGGUGCUUAAAGACAGUCAUGAUCAUUUGAAAUAAUCUUAUUUUUAUAUUUUUUUAUGGUGUAGUUGGCCCAUAUACAUAAUGUUAAAAAAUGCUUAUAUAUUUUCUUAUGGUGUAGUUGGUCAUAAACAAAAUGUUUACUAAUGUUUUUAUAUUUUCUUAUGCUAUAGUUGGCCAUAUACAACAUUUUUAAAAAAAUGGUUUUACAUUUUAAGCAUUUUCAAUUUUAUUUCAAAUACAUAAAGCUUUAAAUUAUAAUUAUUUAUUUUAAAAAAAUCAUUUGAAUUGAUGUAAUAACUUGAUUUUGCACUGAUAAUAUAAAAUAUCUCCAAAGUAUUUCAAUAAUUCAUAUCAAUCAAUUCUGUUUUGUCUCCAGGGUUUUGCCCAAAAAUAUCCAGAUAUCAGGCUGGAGCAACUAAUCAAUUUGAUUUUGUGUCGAGGGGACAUCAGCCGCUCUGAUGCCAGACAGGUAAAGACAAAUUUCAAAAUCUUUUUUAAAAUUAAUUUGAUUUUUUUUUUUAAAAUCUGCAGAAAGCAAUGGAUUGAUCCAAACACAAUGGAUUGAUCCAAUCACAAUGGAUUGAUCCUAUAUAUUAUGCAUAAAAACAAUUGAUAUUUUUCAUUAAACAUAUUUUUUAAAAUUAAAUUAGCAGUUAAAUGUUGAGUUGCCAUUUUAGCAGUUAAUGUUUGAAUCAAGUGUGUGAGAUUUGAAUCCUACACUCAGCUACUAAUGAGUAUUGUCCUCUACAAACUGAAAGUCUCAGCUACUAAUGAGUAUUGUCUUCUACAAUCUGAAAGUCUCAGCUACUAAUGAGUAUUGUCUCUACAAACUGAAAGUCUGAGCUACUAAUGAUUAUUGUCUUCUACAAACUGAAAGCCCCAGGUACUAUUGAUUAUUGUCUUCUACAAACUGAAAGUCUCAGCUACUAAUGAGUAUUGUCUUCUACAAUCUGAAAGUCCCAGCUACAAACAUUCACUUACAACAUUUGAUGUAAAUUUUUAACGUUUACUUUUGUGAGAACUGAGGUUUCACCCCAUUGUUCACCUUACUGAUAAUUUUGCAUGGAGUGUGUCAGGUAGUUCAGCCAGUGAUCACAGAGCUAUCAAAGUCUAACACGCUGUGUCUUAUUUACAUAAAAAAAAAUAUUUUACAGAUGAAAAAUUCUUUUUGUUAUUUAGAAGACAAACAAACAAACAGGUUAUUUGGAAAAAAAGAAAAAGAAUUAGUUGCAAGUGUUUUACUGUGUAUGGGCUUGUAUUAGUUGGCAGACGUGUUAAAACACAAAGUACCUGCGUUGUUAUACAAAGUUCAAGGGCUGUCUUCACUUCCUUGAUUUAUGCACACAGCUGCAGUUUUUAUCGGGCAAGACAAGAGGCCAUUCUGGAUUUAGCAUCUCUUAAUAUAAAGCAUUGAAAGUCUUCCAACUUGAUUGAGUUUUUAAAAAAAAUGUAUUAUGAAAGUGUUGGACUGCUAGAAAGCUUUCAAGUAGAUAGAGACAGAAACAAUUGUUGUAAAUAAAACAAUAUAGGUCAAGCUUUACUUUAAUUAUGGUUAUACAAAAUAUAAAUUCAAGCGUUUCGGCAAAUGCCUUUAUCAUUACAACAAAAAUACAACCUUGACGGAAUAUUAGACAUUACAGAAAUGUAUGCAAGAAGUACACCUAAUAGAAUUUAAAUGGAAAUUGAAUUAUUAAAACGAUUUGGUACGUUGACUCCACAGGGUGUAAACGCAACUCACAAUUUUACACCACUGCCAUGUCUUUUCCUGUUGGGUUUUUAAAUUUUACCAACACCCACAUUUGUUUCAUUUUACUGAUCUUUCUUUUCGGUAGGAACUUGUGCCCAUUCCUAUUGUUUUCUUUCUUUUUAAGGUAUAGGUAGAAUAUGCAAAUAUUAUGUAAAUUUAAUUUAUAAUUAUAUUGUUUUUUUUUGUUAUACUGAUGAAGUCAUUUGCCAAAAUGUUCAAAUUUCUAUUUUUUUCUAACCUCAAUUAAAGCGUUAAAAGUUAUUCUUUUAUUUACACAAAUUGUUUGGGUCUCAAUAAUCUAGAAUUUUAUUUAAAAUCCGUUUUUAACACUGACAAGAAUAGAUGGUCUCAUUUACAAGUUUCUCUCACCUGUAGCUGACUUUGACCCUCCCCAAGAACAGAUGGCUCACUAGGCUAAUUGGCCUGUCUCACCUGUAGCUGACCUUGACCCUCCUGAAGAAUAGAUGGCUCACUGGGGCCAACAAUCUAUCUCAUCAGUAGCUGACCUUGACCCUGUACCAAUUUGAACCAGUUUAUCUGGAGCAAGGGGCAGAAAAUGUUACCAUGACGCCCCACACUGCACUUCUCCAACACAUUCCCAUAUUUUGACGUCCCAAUGCAAAAUUGUUUUACUUCCGAAAUUUCCUUAGUCCAGUUUUAUGCCUGCUGUCAAAAUUGAUGUUUUCUAUUGAUUUUGUCUCCAGCUGGCCAUUGACACACUGGGUGAAGAUGACUCCAACAAACCUAAAGGAAUAUUCUCAGAGAUUGCUGGCUCAGGCUGACCCACUCUGCUCAUGAUUCAGAUGAGCUAAAUUGUUGAAAGUGACAGAUGAACCAAAUCCAAAGAUGAAAUUGCUCAUCAAUGACACAACAAACCCCCCCCCCCCACCCCCAGUUUCAUGUCCAGUAAUGAAAAUGACCAGACAUGAUGAUUGUGUUUGGUUUGGUUACCCACUCUGCUCAUGAUUCAGAUGAACUAAAUUUUUGAAAGUGACAGAUGACACAAAUCCAAAGAUGAAAUUGCUCAUCAAUGACACAACAAACCCCCCCCCCCACCCCCAGUUUCAUGUCCAGUAAUGAAAAUGACCAGACAUGAUGAUUGUGUUUGGUUUGGUUAUGCUGUGAACUUGAUGAUUGUGUUCAAUUUGACAUGGAACAAGUUAACACAGAGAAUAUGUGGACAUGAAAAGAAAUUUGAUAAUUGUUUUAGGGUGGGUUUAUUUUUAAUAUUUAAUUUAUUUAUGAUGUUUUGGUCAAUAAAUGUACACUGACAUGAGUUUUUUGAAGAGCAUAGCAGUUAUUUUGUACACAAUUCAUUACUGUACAGCUAAUAGGUACACAAAUAAAGCCCCAUGAUAAAUAGUUUAUUUCCUCUCUUUAAUUCUCACACUUUUUGUGUGUCUAGUCAUGAUUAUUUGUAUCAUUCCUUGCAGUUACUGACUGUUUUGAUUCAUUAAUAAAUUAAUUUUUUAAAAACCACA